AUGAAGCUUGGUAUAGCUUUGAUAACAUUGCAAUUCUGUUUUGCAGGUUUCCACAUUGUCUCAAGAGUUGCACUUAACAUUGGUGUUAGUAAAGUUGUGUAUCCUGUUUACAGGAACAUUCUUGCUCUUCUUCUCAUUGGUCCUUUCGCUUACUUCUUGGAGAAGAAAGAAAGGCCUCCUCUCACAAUCUCAUUACUGGUUCAGUUCUUUUUCUUAGCACUCAUAGGAAUCACAGCAAACCAAGGAUUCUACCUAUUAGGACUCUACAAUUCAACUCCAACGUUUGCUUCAGCAAUGCAAAACUCUGUUCCUGCAAUCACUUUCAUUAUGGCUUGUGCCCUAAGGAUCGAGCACAUCAAUCUUGUUCGAACUCACGGUGUGGCCAAAGUGUUAGGGACCAUAGUGAGCAUAGGUGGAGCCACAACCAUCACAUUGUACAGAGGAUUCCCACUCUUUCAAAGAAGCCUUACCAAUUCUCAUGACAAUAUCAAAUCGAUUAACAAAUCGCAGAACUGGACACUAGGAUGCUUAUACCUUAUGGGACAUUGCUUGUCAUGGGCUGGUUGGAUGGUUCUUCAAGCUCCUGUUCUAAAGAAGUACCCAGCAAAACUGACCUUGACAUCAUUCACAUGUUUCUUUGGUCUGAUUCAGUUUCUGAUCAUUGCUCUGUUUGUGGAAACUGAUCCCAACAAAUGGAUCAUUGUCUCUUGGGAAGAACUCUUCACCAUCCUUUACGCAGGAAUAGUGGCUUCAGGUGUGGUGGUUUAUCUUCAGACAUGGUGUAUUCAUAAAGGCGGUCCUGUCUUUGUAGCUGUCUUUCAGCCACUUCAGACACUUCUUGUCGCUGCCAUGGCUUUUCUUCUCCUCGGUGAUCAAUUAUACUCUGGAAGCAUUAUUGGUGCAGUGUUCAUAAUGUUGGGGCUUUACUUAGUUCUUUGGGGUAAAACCAAAGAGAGAAGAGAAAUUAAUGAAGAACAUGAGUCACUGACUAGACAUCUUCUUGGUGAUGAAACUAAAGAAACUCAACACAACAACAAGGAUAGUGAAUAUGCAGUUUAA